AUGUUUAGUACUACAAUUUCAAGUGUGUCUUUGGUUUCAACAAUAUUCACACUUCUGGCUUUAAUUGGAGGAUAUCUUUAUAGGCCAUUUUGGAGGUUAAGAAAAGUCCCAGGUCCACCUUCUCUUCCACUUGUAGGACACCUUCCAUUGUUGGCAAAGUAUGGCCCUGAUGUCUUCUCAAUCCUUGCCAAGCAAUAUGGCCCAAUUUACAGAUUUCAUAUGGGAAGACAACCUCUUAUAAUCAUAGCAGAUGCAGAGCUUUGUAAAGAAGUUGGAAUCAAAAAAUUCAAAAACCUUUCAAAUAGAAGCAUUCCCUCUCCUAUCUCUGCUUCUCCUCUUCACCAGAAAGGUUUAUUCUUCACAAGAGACUCGCAAUGGUCUACGAUGAGAAAUACUAUAUUAUCUGUAUAUCAACCAUCACACUUAGCCAACUUAGUGCCAAAAAUGCAAUCAGUUAUAGAAUCUGCAACACAAAAUCUUGACACACAAAAAGAAGACAUAAUCUUUUCAAAUCUUUCCCUACGACUAGCAACUGAUAUCAUUGGAGAUGCAGCAUUUGGAGUCAACUUUGGUCUCUCUAAGCCUCAAUCAAUUUGUGAAUCAAUGAGCAAUGUUAACAAUGUAGAACAUUCAAGUGCUAGUAAUGAUGAAGUAUCAAAUUUCAUCAAUCAACAUAUUUACUCCACAACACAACUUAAGAUGGAUUUAUCCGGUUCAUUCUCGAUUAUAAUUGGCCUAAUUGCUCCUAUUCUUCAAGAGCCAUUUAGGCAGAUUCUUAAGAGAAUUCCAGGCACUAUGGAUUGGAAAAUGGAAUGUACUAAUAGAAAUCUAACCGGUCGUCUUGAUGAGAUUGUUAAGAAGAGAAUGGAAGAUAAGAAACGAAGAACUUCGAAGAAUUUCUUGUCGCUGAUAUUGAAUGCAAGAGAAUCAAAGAGCGUGUCGGAGAAUGUGUUUUCGUUCGAUUACAUAAGCGCGGCUACUUAUGAACAUUUACUUGCUGGAUCAGCUACAACAUCUUUUACUUUGUCAUCUAUUGUUUAUUUGGUUGCUGGUCACAUAAAUGUUGAGAGAAAAUUGCUUCAAGAGAUUGAUGAGUUUGGAACACAUGAUAGGAUACCUAAUGCUAAAGAUCUUAAUGAAAGUUUUCCUUAUCUUGAUCAGGUGAUUAAAGAGGCAAUGAGGAUUUACACUGUCUCUCCAUUGGUUGCAAGAGAAACAUCAAAUGAAGUAGAGAUAGGAGGUUACCUUCUUCCAAAGGGAACAUGGGUAUGGUUAGCACUUGGAGUUCUAGCAAAAGACUCGAGAAACUUUGCAGAGCCAGAGAAAUUCAAACCAGAGAGGUUUGAUCCAAAAUGUGAAGAAAUGAAAAGAAGGCAUCCUUAUGCAUUCAUACCAUUUGGAAUUGGUCCAAGAGCAUGUAUUGGCCAGAAAUUUUCAUUGCAAGAGAUCAAGCUUACUUUGAUUCAUUUAUAUAGAAAAUAUGUAUUUCGCCAUUCACUUAGCAUGGAAAAACCUAUAGAACUUGAAUAUGGUUUAGUUCUUAAUUUCAAGCAUGGUGUCAAGCUUAGAGUAAUAAAAAGAGCAUAA